UAAGUAACAGGUACGUGAUAAACGCUCAUCACUAUUAUGAAGUUUUUGUAGGAAAAAAAAUUGAAAAUAAUAUAAAUUAUUAUAAAGGCAUAGCAGACUGUGUGAAAACUGUAGCCUUAAUUUGCAAUAAUGUUACGCAUCUAUCAGAACACAUACCGUCGAACUGCAAGAAAAGCUGUUGUUUAUUCUACGAAGGUUGCCUGCUGCAAUCAUUCCACACUAUGCAACAUCACCAGUCAAUCCCGGCGCACUGGAGCAGGAGGACACUGGGAACAGCACAGCAACCGCAACCAUCGAAGCCACGAGGAGUUUCUGCUGGGCGGCAACCAAGCGAGAGGCUGGACAAUUCCUCCUCAUUCUCGUGGAUAUGGCAUGUUUGUAGUUCGAAUUAUUAGAGGCGCUCUUAAGCUACGUUAUAUUGUUUUGGGUGGUGCCAUUGGCGGUGGCGUUUCAUUGAGCAAAAAAUACGAAGAUUGGAAGGAGGGUCUGCCUGAUCUGAAGUGGCUCGAGGAUGCACUGCCUCAGGGAGAGAGAUGGAGUCAAUUCUCAAGGAAUCUCAUUGAAGUGGGCAGUGUAGUUAAGAAUGCCAUUGACAUCGAUCCGAAGCUUAAGCAACUGGGCGAAGAUAAAUUGUCGGAAUGGCGCUCUUGGUUCGAUAAUCGUCUGGACGAUGCAAUUGAAGCGGCCGAUUAUCAAGGAACUCAAAUUGUCGAAACCAAGGAGGAUAUCAAGGCCAAGACAACGGUGGCAGCGCUGGGAAUUCCUGCAGACGAAAGUCGUAAAAAAUAUGAUAAACUGCAGACUCAAGUUGAGACGUUGCAGACUGAAAUAAUGAACGUUCAAAUCAAAUACCAAAAGGAGCUAGAGAAAAUGGAGAAGGAAAAUCGAGAGCUGCGCCAGCAAUAUCUGAUAUUGAAGACAAACAAGAAGACGAGUGCCAAGAGAAUUAAGAAAUCUCUCAUUGACAUGUACUCCGAAGUGUUGGACGAGCUAUCAGGCUACGACACUGGCUACACCAUGGCUGAUCAUUUGCCCCGAGUGGUUGUUGUUGGUGAUCAGAGCAGCGGCAAGACAUCUGUGCUAGAAUCCAUUGCAAAGGCGCGCAUCUUUCCGCGAGGCAGUGGCGAAAUGAUGACUCGUGCACCUGUCAAGGUAACACUGGCAGAGGGCCCAUAUCAUGUGGCCCAGUUUCGUGACACGGAUCGUGAGUACGAUCUUACCAAAGAGUCGGAUCUGGCAGAUCUUCGACGUGAGGUCGAGUUCCGCAUGCGCUCCUCUGUGCGUGGCGGCAAGACGGUAAGCAAUGAGGUGAUUGCCAUGACCGUCAAGGGACCAGGACUACAACGAAUGGUUCUCGUCGAUUUACCGGGUAUUAUUUCGACCAUGACUGUAGAUAUGGCAUCUGACACCAAGGACUCCAUACACCAGAUGACCAAGCAUUAUAUGAGCAAUCCAAAUGCGAUUAUACUGUGCAUACAGGAUGGUUCUGUUGAUGCAGAGCGCAGCAACGUCACUGACUUGGUCAUGCAAUGUGAUCCCUUAGGACGCCGCACUAUAUUUGUGCUAACUAAAGUCGAUCUGGCCGAAGAGUUGGCCGAUCCCGACCGAAUAAGGAAGAUAUUAUCGGGCAAACUGUUUCCCAUGAAAGCAUUGGGCUAUUAUGCCGUUGUGACGGGACGCGGACGCAAGGAUGACAGCAUAGAUGCUAUUAGACAGUAUGAAGAGGAUUUCUUUAAGAAUUCCAAACUGUUUCAUCGACGUGGGGUUAUCAUGCCACAUCAAGUGACUAGUCGUAAUCUGAGCAUGGCUGUGUCGGAUCGCUUCUGGAAGAUGGUGCGUGAAACUAUUGAGCAGCAGGCGGAUGCAUUUAAGGCAACCAGAUUUAAUUUGGAAACCGAAUGGAAAAACAACUUUCCCAGACUGCGCGAGUCUGGACGUGACGAGCUGUUCGAUAAGGCUAAAGGCGAAAUAUUGGACGAAGUGGUAACGCUCUCACAGAUCUCAGCCAAGAAAUGGGACGAUGCCCUCACUGCCAAGCUAUGGGAGAAACUAUCGAAUUACGUUUUCGAAAAUGUUUACCUACCCGCUGCACAGUCAGGUUCUCAAAAUUCCUUCAAUACGAUGGUAGAUAUUAAACUGCGGCAAUGGGCAGAGCAGGCGUUGCCGGCCAAAUCAGUUGAGGCUGGCUGGGAGGCAUUGCAGCAGGAGUUCAUAUCGCUGAUGGAGCGGGCAAAGAAGGCGCAUGAUCAUGACGGUGUGUUUGAUCAACUUAAAUCGGCCGUUGUGGAUGAAGCUAUACGCCGACAUAGCUGGGAGGAUAAAGCCAUUGAUAUGCUACGUGUGAUACAGCUAAACACAUUGGAAGAUCGCUUUGUGCACGACAAAACUGAGUGGGAUCUAGCUGUGAAAUUCCUGGAGAACUCCGUUACCAACAAACUCGUGCAAACCGAUGAAACAUUGGCGCAAAUGUUUGGACCUGGACCAUGGACGCGCUUUGCCCACUGGAAGUCAUUGACACAGGAUCAGCAGAAGAGACGCAGUGUCAAGGGAGAACUAGACAAGAUACUCAAAAAUGAUGUGAAACAUUUGCCCACCUUAAGUUAUGAUGAGCUGACGACGGUGCGCAAGAAUCUGCAGCGGGAUAAUGUGGAAGUGGACACGGAUUACAUACGUCAAACGUGGUUCCCAGUCUACAGAAAACAUUUCCUGCAGCAGUCGCUGCAACGUGCCAAGGAUUGCCGCAAGGCGUAUUACCUUUACACACAACAAGGCACAGAGUGCGAGAUAUCCUGCAGCGAUGUGGUACUGUUUUGGCGCAUACAACAGGUCAUCAAGGUGACGGGCAAUGCGUUGAGGCAGCAGGUUAUCAAUCGGGAAGCGCGACGCUUAGAUAAGGAGAUCAAGGCGGUGCUUGAUGAGUUCAGCGAAGAUGAGGAGAAGAAGGCACAUCUGCUUACGGGCAAACGAGUGCAGCUGGCCGAGGAACUUAUCAAAGUGCGACAGAUACAAGAGAAACUGGAGGAGUUCAUUAAUUCAUUGAAUCAGGAGAAAUAGAAUAAAUGGUGUGCCAUGACCAAAGACACAACUGCGUUAUCUAUUUAAUGUUUUAAUUUAAGCUCAAAAACGUAUAUAAUCACAGUCACGGAUUGUUCAUAACGAUUUUCCUUACUAUUUACUUAGUUAUUACGCUUACUUUGUGCAGCAAAGAGUAAUAAACGAUUGUUAGUUUGUAUAU